GUGCUACGUGGUGACAAAUGCCCCAUCUCCCCCUAGCAGCCAAAGAAAUUUUCUUCUACAGCCCAAACCAAAGAAGCAUUUUCAGUCCAAAGCUUUGUCCAGCUGACGUCUCCAUCUAUACUGAUCCGCUGAGGGUCAACUGUGAGCCUUCCGCUGGCACGGAGGCACCAGGCAGAGCAUUCCUCUCCGUGUUUCCUUAAAUAGGGCUGGUAUUUCCCUCUGUGCCCUCGUGAUCUGCCGCUCAGCUCUCCCAGUGCCGCAGUGACCCGCCGGGGCAGCUGCAGAGGAGCCCAGUGGACUAAAUCACUUCAUUCUCUAAAAACUGGUAAGGUCCCUUGGGCCACAGAGCUUCUUGUGCUACUGCACAACAGCAGGCAGCAAGGGCCAGAGGAAAAGAGCAGCCAGGAGCAGUCUAGAGAGAGAGCUGCCAUGGCCUCCAACUCAUCUAGCACAAGGGAAGAGGGAGAGGAAGCCCCAUGCCGUACCGUCCCGCAGCAGCUGCCGGAUCCUGGGAACCUGUGCCGUGAAUCCAGCAGCUGCGGAGGCUGCACGGCCAGAUCCCAGCAGGAGCGAGGAAGGUUUGGAGAUGCAGAGGGAGCCACCCACAGAAGCCGGCUCAGGAAAGGGAAUUUCCAGGCAAAACUCCACCUGACCAAUUUAGUUGAAAAGUUGAAGCUGUUGGGUCUAGGAGGAGACAGAGAGGAGAAGGAGCAUCUCUGCUUGUGGCGCAACAGGACACUCACCUACAAGGGUGAUGUAAAAGAAGCUUCCUCAAGCUGUGAUGGGCAAAAGGCUCACGGAGUUCCCACUACAGCCUGCGUAAAGGAAUCUGCUCAGGAGAACAUGGAACAAGCUCGCGGAGACUUGGAGAAUCUCAAAAAACAAAGGGAGGAGCUGCUAGAAUUGAAAAUGACUGGAGAGAGGCAAUGCCAGGAUUACUUGAUGCAGACGGAGGCUGAGAGGCAGAAGAUUGUGUCUGAAUUUCGGCAGCUGCGCCGGUUUCUGAAGGAGCAAGAGCUUGUCCUCCUAGCCCGGCUGGGCGAGUUGGACAAAGAGAUCAUGAGGAGGCAGGAGGAAGAGGAGGCCAAGAUGGCAGGGAGGAUUUCUCUCCUCAAUAUCCUGAUUUGCGAGAUGGAGAGGAGCCUUGAGCAACCCCCGAGUAAAUUCAUGCAGGAUGGCAAAAGCACUGUGAACAGGUGGGAGAAGGACAGUGCCUGGCGGCCGACGGAGCCCUUCCUAGACCUGGAACAGAAAGUCCAUAUUAUUUCUCAACAAAACAUUGUUCUCGAAGAGAUGCUGAGGAGGUUCCAAGACAUUUUGCCAUCUGAACUGGAGAAAGGGCAAGGACCGUCUCCAGGAGCAGGCAGAAAAGCGUUUGUGACUCUGGACCCCGACACUGCCAACGCAUGGCUCAUCCUGUCCAGGGACCGGAGGGGGGCGAGAUGGACAGACGCACGGCAGCAUCUGCCCUCCAAACCGCAGCGGUUCGACAUGUCUUGCUGCGUACUGAGCUGCCAGGGGUUCGCCUCGGGGAGACACUGCUGGGAGGUGGAGGUGGCGGACGGGGGGACCUGGGCUGUUGGGGUGGCCAGGGAGUCUGUGAGGAGGAAAGGUUGGGUUGAUUUUCUGCCCGAGGAGGGCAUUUGGGCAAUAGGGCUCUGCGGGAAUCAGUACCGGGCCUUCACUUCUCCUGCAACCACGGUUCCUGCCAAUGGGAAACCCAGGAGGAUCCAGGUGUCUCUGGACUAUGGAGGGGGACAAGUGGCGUUUUACUUCUCUGGUCAAAAGCCCCCAGUCUUUACUUUCCAAAAGGUCUUGUUUGGUGGCGAGAGCAUCUUCUCUUUCUUCUGGGUGGGGAGAGGGUCCCGCCUCCAGCUGUGCCCCUGAGCACGGCCAGCCCUUCAGCGAGGAGGAGCCGAGCCUCGCUGCUCAGCGUGGUGGUAGCCCCUCGUCCGAUCCUCUGCGUCAGCGGUGGCUCCUCUAGGUCCCGUUCCCCUGGACGGCUGGGUCUGCGCGAGGGUGGGGACGGAGCAGCCUUCUCGCUUCACGGGCCCCCUCGCCGCCUGCCCUCGCUACCGCUUCGGGCGUAGAAGCUGGUUUGCUUUAGCUGACCUGGGUCGCUGAUCCCUCCUGCUGCGAGCAGCAGAGGAGCUCGAGAACAACCUGCUUUAGGGAGUCUUGUGCUCUUGGUGUUCUCCCUUUUUUUAUAUAAAACAUUACAUUUGAAAGAUAA